GUUGGAGGGGAAACUUUGCGACUGGUUGGGAGCUCGUGCGGGGGAGCGGAGACUGCCGAGGUUGCCCGGGUUUCUUUCCCUUUUUAGGUUUUCCUGGCAAAUCCUCUGCGGGUGGGCAGGCCCCUCAGAAGGCUAAGAUUCACGGCCCGGUUUCUAGUUUCUUCUAGUAACCUGAAACUCGGAGGCCCGCGUUUGCUAACUCGUGCGGUUGGAGGGGCGACUUCAGCGGGGUCUGCGGAGCUGGCGGAACAAAAGCCGCCGGGCCGGGCUCCUCCCUCCGCGCGUCCGGCGCGGCCCCGCCCCGGCCUGGAGCCACCUGGGGGCCGGCGCGCCGAGUGGCCCCCGCGAGGACUCCGGAAGAGAGCUGGCCCGCCUGGCUCGCCGAGUUGGACCAUUGUCUCUCUGUUUUGUAAAAGUCUGUGACAGUCUUUCCAAGUUUUGUUAAAAACAAAAGCACUUAAAACUCAAUCGCGGAGCUGGAGAUUUGUUAGGACUGUUCUGUGAUAAUAGUGUCUCGUCUUAGAAGGCUGAGGAUGCCAAAAAGAUUUCCCCAAAUGACUUUAAAAGAAGCAGAAAAUGCGUUGAGGAAAAUCCCCGAAGUCUCUUUUUGCUCCCGGUUUCUGACUAUGGAAUUCUUGCUUUAGAAUUGCUGUGCCUGGGGUCAGCCCAGCGCUCCUGGGAUUUAGCGCCUGGGGUGUGAAGUACGAUUCCUGUCGCUUCCGAGGGGUUCUGUUCAGGAAACUUGUCAGGUGUCGUUGCCGCGUCCGGCAGUGAGACGGAGGAUGAUGACAGCAUGGACAGCCCCCUGGACCUCUCCUCUUCCGCUGGCUCAGGCAAGAGAAGGCGAAGGGGCAAUCUGCCCAAGGAGUCUGUUCAGAUCCUCCGAGAAUGGCUGUAUGAGCACCGGUACAACGCCUACCCCUCCGAGCAAGAGAAAGCGUUCCUGUCCCAGCAAACACACCUAUCGACACUACAGGUCUGUAACUGGUUCAUCAACGCCCGGCGCAGGCUCCUCCCGGACAUGCUGAGAAAGGAUGGCAAAGAUCCAAAUCAGUUCACGAUUUCCCGCCGUGGGGCCAAGACUGCUGAAGCUGGUUCUGUAGAGUCAGUGGUGGCUCUCAGAACCUUCGCACCGGCUCUGGAGGAGAGCGCGUUUCAUUCCUGUACAGCUGGACCAAACCCAGCCCUGGGGAGGCCCCUGUCUCCCAAGCCAUCAUCCCCGGGAUCAGUUUUGGCUCGUCCAUCAGUGAUCUGUCAUACCACUGUGACUGCGCUGAAAGAUGUGCCUUUCUCUCUCUGCCAGCCAGUUGGCGUGGGACAAAACACAGAUAUACAGCAGAUAGCAGCCGGCAGCUUCACAGACACCUCCCUCAUGUACCCGGAGGACACGUGUAAAUCCGGACCAAGUACAAAUACACAGAGUGGUCUUUUCAACACUCCUCCCCCGACCCCGCCAGACCUCAACCAAGACUUCAGUGGAUUUCAGCUUCUUGUAGACGUUGCACUCAAACGGGCUGCAGAGAUGGAGCUUCAGGCCAAACUUACGGCUUAACCCCUUUUUCAAGCAAAACAGUUCUCAAAGAUGUUAUGAUUGCCGGGGUGAUGGCAAGAGAUGAAUUGCAUUAUUUUAUAUAUUUUUUUAUUAAUAUUUGCACAUGGGAUUGCUAAAAUGAAGCUUCCUGUUACUGAGAUGUCUUCAAUGGAAUAUAGUCAUUCCAAGAACUAUAAACUCAAAGCUACUGUAGAAACAAAGGGUUUUCUUUUUUAAAUGUUUCUUGGUAGAUUAUUCAUAAUGUGACAUGGUUCCCAAGAUCAUGUGAUUUUCCCCCCCUCCCUUUCCCUCUUUUUUUUUUUUGGUUGGUGUUUUUUUCAGACUGUGCAAUACUUAGAGAACCUAUAGCAUCUUCUCAUUCCCGUGUGGAACAGGAUGCCCACAUACUGUGUAAUAAAUUCUCAGUUUUUUCCCAAACAGGUAUGAAUCUAGUUGAUUGAUGCAUUUUUUUUUCAUGACGUAAUAAAGUAUUUUCUUUAAAAA